GUAAUGGCGGUACUUCUUGAUCAAGCAUUUUGUACGACAGAUUUGGGAAGGCUUCUUUUCCAGUCACGUGUUCUGUGGGAUUUUCAUGCAGAUAUUACAAAUACUACUACAGCUGGCACGUUGAUCAGUCAGCAUACUGAAUAUCAACUCUUGAUUACUGUGAGUCUUUUUAUGUUUCGUCAUCCACAGUCAGUUUUUUUGAAACUUCAUUUGCGUGAAGUUUUUCCAUCAUUUGCGCCAGCCAAAUUGUUUGGUAACACUGGGCCGACGGUGAUUAAUGAACGAAUUGAAGCAUCGAAACGUUUUUUGAACUUUAUUUUAAAAAAUGAAGUAUUGAGGAAAACAAAGAUUCUUCAUCAGUUUUUAGAAGUAAUUUCUUCUUUGUUACAUUCGGAUGAUAUUAAUUAUUACAAUGCAACAUUUAACGUGGAUCGAGCUUCAUGUUCUGAACAGAAUACUAUUCGUCGUCCAUCGGUUGUGAAACGAAUACCGAGGAAAGUUGCGACGAGUUAUCGAACGGAUUACUUAAUUCAAGCGGCACAACUUAUAUCGGUUGCUCAGAAAGCUGAAUUGGAAAAAGCAUUUGAAUUGGCCUUUUAUUAUUAUAAAAGUGCUGUCAAUGCUUUAUUACAGGGUGUUCAGUGUGAAUGUGAUUUACCGAAGCGUAAUGCGGUUCGGAAAAAAACAGCAAAAUAUUUGCUGAAAGCUGAAGAAUUAUAUCGAUCAUAUUUGUCGUUUGACGGAUCAAAGUUUGAUCCAGACUCUUGGAUUGGUUAUUCAGUUCAGGAUCCAACUUUAAUAGCCUUUCAAAGUUCUAAUGCUGGCCUUAAAUUCUACAAUAUUGUGGAUAUAUUACCAACAGUAAAUGCUAAAUCACGUGUUUAUUUGGCUGUCGAUCGUCCUGGUUCAACUAAAUAUGUUCUUAAAUUAUUAGAAAAAUCUGAGUACGGUGAUGCCCAAAAACAUUUUACAAUCGUACCAAUUGGUGUCGCAAACAUGGUGCAACUAUUUAAAUUCUUCGACAUCGAUAACUUUAUUGUUCUAGUACUUGAAUAUAUUAGCCAUGGAUUGUUAUUUGAUUUUUUGGUGAGAUAUUUGCUCAUCCAAUUUUUAAAUCAUUAUUUAAAAUUCUUUUCCAGCGAUCUGCAGCCUAAAAAUUUAUUAAUCGAUGACUAUGGUAAUUUAAAACUAACUUAUUGUGGGCAGUGGAGCAAUAUCGAUAAAAGAAUCGACGAAAGUGCAAUAGAUAAUCAUUAUGUUGCUCCAGAAUUACGAUCAUUAACCAACGUUGCAACAGAUGCAGCCGAUCGAUGGUCAGUCGGCAUAAUUUUUUUCGAACUUCUCUGCGGUCAAAGCUUAAGUAGUCUUUGUUUCCAUGGACUCGAAACUGCUCUUGAAUUGCCUAUACUUGAUUAUGUGGAAAUUAAUUUUGUUGCCCGAGAUCUUCUUUCACGAUUAUUGGUAAUCAACCCGCUGGAACGGAUAUCUGAUGAUGGAAUGAGAUCUCAUCCAUUUUUUGGAGAUUAUGACUGGCCUGUUUAUGAUAGUGCGAUCUCAUUUCGUAAUAAACAUUCAAAUCUAACUGUGGUAUGA